AUGGAUUCCGCCAAAGUCUUGUAUUUUUCAGGAGAAAUUCCUCAGGGAGACCCAGAGGGCGACCAAAGAACCCUAUUCAGAAAGCUAAAUCUACUCAGCAAAGAGCGAGAUCAUGUGGUUCUCGCAUCAUUGCUAGAGUGCGUGACACUGGCAUUGAAGGACGAGUGCAGCAAACUAAGUCGUCACCAUCGAGACUUGCUCCCACCUUUCGAAAGCGUCCUCGAUUUGACAGAUCACGUUGUUCAAUUAAGAAAGACGCCGCUUGGUGGCGCCAUCGAGCGAGUUUUGGUUUUAGUCUUUCAAUUGGGAAGCUUUGUUGCAUAUCACGAGGCUCAUCCACUGGAGUACAAUUUCACAUCGGCCAGCGCCUCACUCAUCGGACGGGGCCCGGGGCUACUCUCGGCAGCUGUAAUUGGUCUCUCGCCGAGCAUUGUGAUGAUACCCAAGAUCGCCAAAGAUAUCGCCCGAAUCUCAUUUCGUUUUGGUCUGCUUGUCGAUAAAGUUUGUCGAUCGUUGGAGGUCUCUCAAGAUGAGAUCAAUGCCGACGGCGCCUGGGUAUAUUGUGUCCACGGGGUGGGUGAGAAAGACGCGCGUGAUGCGGUAAAUCAAUUUAACGAAGAGAAAGCAUAUCCUCCAACCAAUGGCGCGUCUGUCUUCAAUGUCGACGACGCCGGAAGCUCGGUCAGCAUAGGUGGACCGCCAAAAACGCUGCAGGCGCUUUUCUCCGAGUCUAAUGCAUUUAAGAAGACGAAGAACGUGGCAAUGAAGAAAAUCCAGGGUACGUGGCAUACCGACGGGGUGUAUGGCGUGGAGCACGUGGGGCAAGUCGUCCAAAAGAUCGAAUCCAAACAGGAGCUGCACAUUCCGUUAAUAUCGUCGGUGAGCGGAGAGCCAUUUCGGGAGACAAAGGCCGGACCGCUACUCGAACGGAUCAUGGAAGAGACAUUGACCGAGAGGAUUCGGUGGGACAUGGUUAUUGAGACUGUCGCCAAGCAACUGAAGCAGCUGAUGCCCGGAUCUGCGCAACUGGUUAGCAUACAGCCAUCGCACUAUAACCAGAAAUUGCUGGAACGCUGGAAAAUGGAAUUGCCCGACGCAGCGGUGUCAGACCUCGCUCUGAUGCCAGCUGUAUUGGAUCUCGUUCUCGGAAAAAGUCCGCCAAAGGACACAAGAUCGUCGAAGAUCGCUGUUGUAGGCAUGGCGUGUCGUUUUCCGGGCGCAGACACCACCGAAGAAUUCUGGGAGCGGUUGAUGCAGGGGCAAGACAUGCACCGACAUGUUCCUCCCGAUCGAUUCGACGUGGAAACACAUGUAGAUACCACGGGGAAACGACACAACACGUCAAAGACUUCUUAUGGCUGCUUCGUUGAAAACCCGGGGCUGUUCGACGCUAUGUUCUUCGGCAUGUCACCCAGAGAGGCUGAACAAACGGACCCAAUGCAGCGCCUUGCCUUGGUGACGGCGUACGAAGCCCUGGAGAACGCAGGGUAUGUCGACGGUCGAGGCAUGAUCCAUCGCAAACGCGUUGGCACCUUUUAUGGCCAAGCCAGUGACGACUACCGCGAAGUCAACUCUGGACAGGAAGUAGGCACUUAUUUUAUUCCCGGUGGAUGCAGGGCGUUUGGUCCCGGACGUAUAAACUACUUUCUCAAUUUUUGGGGCCCUAGCUUUAGUGUCGACACGGCGUGCUCUUCGAGUUUGGCAGCUAUCCAAGCCGGGUGCUCGUCACUGUGGAGUGGAGAUGUUGACAUGGCAAUUACCGGAGGGAUGAAUAUCCUCACCAACUCUGAUGCCUAUGCUGGGCUCAGCUACGGUCACUUCCUCUCCCCUACGGGGGGCUGUAAGACAUGGGAUGAGGGAGCAGACGGGUACUGUAGAUCAGAUGGAGUCGGAAGCGUGGUUUUAAAGAGGCUCGAGGAUGCAGAAGCCGACAACGAUAACAUCCUCGCGGUAGUCUUAUCGGCAGCUACUUCUCAUUCAGCAGAGGCUGUUUCGAUCACGCAUCCUCAUGACGCGGCUCAAGCUCUCUUGUACGACCAGAUUGUCCGACGAGCUGGAAUCGACCCGCUGGAGGUAGGUUACGUGGAGAUGCACGGCACAGGCACGCAAGCUGGUGAUCCUACAGAGAUGAGAUCAGUCACCAGUGUGUUCGCGCCUGCUCGUCCUCAUGGGCCCAGGCCGAUACCCUUGCAUGUGGGCUCGGUCAAAGCCAAUAUGGGCCAUGGAGAGGCUGCUGCGGGAGUCAUGGCUUUUGUCAAGACCAUGUUAGUCUUCCAGAAAGGCAUCAUUCCGCCUCACAUCGGGGUUAAGACAGGUUUGAAUCCUGCAAUACCAGACUUUAUCAAGAUGGGCGUUGUGAUUCCAUUUCAAGCUGCCAAUUGGGGCCCGGCCGGUACACAGAAGAGGCUGGCGAUGGUCAAUAACUUUGGUGCCGCUGGAGGUAACACGGCUAUGAUCAUUGAGGAGGCAAGCCUAAGGCCACGGCUAUGCGAGGACACACGAGAAGCUCAUGCAAUUACGGUUUCAGCAAAGACGGCUGGAUCUCUUAGUUUGAAUAUCAAGCGGCUUGCCGAGUAUAUUGAAGUUUCACAAGCCUUAUCUCUUGCCGACAUUGCCUACACACUCUCGGCCAGGAGGCGUCACUACGAAUACCGGAAAUCCAUUGUAGUAGGAUCGUUGGCCGAUGCUGUCAAACAGCUUCAACUGCAUAUCGAAACUUCUAUGGCUCAGACCCCGACCUUGUUGAAACCACCCCCGGUCGCUUUUGCUUUUGCUGGCCAAGGCACUUUCUACGUGGGAAUUGCAGCGCAGAUAUACCGGGACUCUCCCUUCUUCCGCGCGCAGCUGGGUCAGUUUGACAAUCUUGCACGUCGCCAAAACUUCCCAUCCUUUCUCCCUGCCAUCGAUAGAACGAGCGCUCGCGAAGACCUACCAGCCUCCUCCAUUCACCUCGCCAUCGUAUGUGUUGAAGUUUCACUUGCUCGACUAUGCAUGACGUUUGGUAUUAAGCCAUGCGCCGUUAUUGGACACAGCCUGGGCGAAUAUGCUGCACUGGCCGUGGCUGGUGUGCUGUCUGACAGUGACACAGUCUUCCUCGUCGGGACACGAGCAACUAUUCUGGAGUCGAACUGCUCAUCUUACACCCAUGGCAUGGCCUCCGUUCGCGCCUCAGUGACCGAUAUUGCUCGCGUAGCAGAUGGCUCACCAUUUGAAGUAGCCUGUAUCAACGGCCCCAAUGAGACUGUUAUUGGCGGUACUGUUGAGCACCUGGAAGGGUUUUCCGCUCGUCUGUUCAAAGCAGGGUACAGGACGACGCGCCUGGAUGUGCCACAUGCGUACCAUACGGCCCAGAUGGACAAUGUUGUCAAUGAACUCAGUCACCGAACCCAAGGAAUUGUUUAUAACACGCCCAGAGUUCCCAUUAUGUCUCCAAGAGACUCAACAGUCAUUGAGACAGGCGCUAACAUCGAUUCAUCGUAUUUGCCCACCUCCCUAAAAAAGACAGUCAACUUCGCUGGGGCUCUAAAUGCGGCGUCAGAAGCUGGCGUGGUAUCGAAAUCUACCGUCUGGCUUGAGUUGGGUCAUCAUCCCGUAUGCGGCGGUUUCAUCAACCGUACACUCACCGACACUCGUCUAGCAUGCUCAACCCUACAUCGAGACGCCGACAAUUGGACAUCUUUAGUGAAAAUGCUGAGCAGUCUAUAUGAGGUUGGUCUCAACAUCGACUGGAAUGAAUACCAUCGUCCAUUUGAGGGCGCACUACGACUGGUCUCCGCGCCAACCUAUGCUUGGAACAACAAGAACUAUUGGAUCCAGUACCGUGGAGAUUGGAAUUUGACCAAGGGCCAGAUUUUACCAGAGCCAGCACUUCCCAUUGCUAGCGGGUUUCGAACAUCAAGCAUCCAUCGACUGUACUCCGAGAAUUACGACUCAUGGACAGCACAAGUCUUGGCCGAAUGCAAUAUGGCCAAUCCAUCACUCAAAGAUGUUAUAGAAGGGCAUGCCAUGAACGGCUACGGAGUGGCGUCGUCGUUCCUUCAUGGUGAGAUGGCAUUCACAAUGGCCCAAAGGAUCCAAGAAAAAGGCUUCUCGUCAAAAUUCAGUGGAAUGGGAAUCAAUGUGGCCGACUUCGAGUAUCACGAUCCGGUAGUGAGAGACGCAAACUCUCUUGAUCCACAUCCCAUUCUUGUCAAUGCUGAAGCCAACCUCGAGAAGGGCGAAGUCCACAUUAAGUGGUUCAACCCAGCCAUUGACAAAUGGUACUGCCAUGCUAUAGCUUACUAUGAAGAACCUUCAUCCUGGCUGUCCAAUUGGGCUCGAACGACCAGACUUGUUACCAGUCGCAUUGACGCCCUCAUUGCCAUGUCAAUCAAGGGCACAGCCAACAAACUCACCACCGAUCUUGCAUACACCCUCUUUGGUAAGCUGGUGGAUUACUCUAGCAUGUAUCACACCAUGCAAUGGGUCAUACUCAACGAAGACGAAGCCGCGGCCGAAGUCGUUUUGCCUGCAAACACCCAAGGAGACUGGGGUGUGCCACCACAUUUUAUCGAUGGUGUCGUAUCUCUGUCUGGCUUCAUUCUGAAUGGAGGUACCCACUUUGACAACACCAAUAACUUCUUCAUCACGCCGUCAUGGAAGUCCAUGCGCUUUGCCAAGCCGUUGGCACCUGGUGGUCGAUAUCUCGCAUACGUCAGGAUGGUGCCAGAGGCUGUUGGCGACAACAGCAAGCUCGUCUCGUACAUUGGUGACGUCUACAUUCUACAGGACGGCGAAAUUGUGGGCGUCGUUGAGGCCAUCUUGUUCCGGCAGUGGCCGAGAAUGAUGCUGAAUCGGUUCUUCCGCCCAAUAGGCGUGGCUCCUCCUGUUCCUCUUACCCAAAAGAAGCGAGCUGCGGCUCCAAUCCCACUGCCCUCUACAAAUUCUAUACAGGAAAAGGUUAUGGCGACAGCGGCGGGUGCGAAGGUGACCUCGAGACGUCCUGAAUCUGCCAUAACUCCUCCACGUUCCGGACCAGUCAGUAAGUCUGGUGGCAGUCCAAAGAUGACGCCUCAGCUCGAUUACAAUCCUCUAACGCCAAGAGGUCCGCCACAUCCCAAUGGACCGGUACAAAAGACCGGCAGCGACAGCGGCUACGAAGAAGCUAAUGGCAUUGGUGAUGUUGCCUCACGCGCUGUAGAGAUAUUGGCCGAAGAACUCGCUGUUGAUAUGGGCCUACUGACCGACGAGUGUGAACUUGCGGAUAUUGGGGUUGACUCACUCAUGUCGCUUGUUAUCUCACAGAAAUUGCGAGAGGACCUUGGCAUCGAGAUUCGUGAUGCAUUUUACCUCGAAGUGACAACGAUUGAGGACUUGAAGAAGUUGAUCUCCUGA